AUACAGAGAUAAGGAAUGAUACAGAUUGAAAAGAACGGUGUCACAAGUCACCAGGAAAAUACCCGUCCGUUCAGUUCCACAGAAAACGUGUUCAGGACUCCACUCAGGAUGCUUAUCGUGAAAAGUAUCGUGCUGGUGGUGACGGCGGCGGUCUUCUUCGCCGGCAUCGUGGGCCUCAGCCUGUUCGUGAGGCAGUGGACGGAGGGCGGCUUCCUGUGGCCCGUGGGGCAAAGCAAGGCCAUCACGGAUGAAUUCAUCAACAGCGAGGUCAACCCUGAAAAUAUCAGAAACAACCUUAGGCAUUUGACUUCUCGGCCUCACCUGGGUGGAACCGAGGCCGAGUGGGAGAACGCGCGGUGGGUCGCGGACGUCUGGAGAGAGCAGGGCCUCGACGACGUUCACCUGGUGCCCUACGAUGUCCUGCUCUCUUACCCAAAGAAUGAUACUCCCAACUUGGUCCGGAUCGUGAAUUCAGUGGGCGAGGAGAUCUGGGCGUCCCACGGAUGGCAGAAGCCGAUUUAUGCUCCCGAGGAAUCGUCUUCAGAAGUCCUUCCUAAUUUCAACGCCUAUUCUGCCCCAGGGAAUAUCACGGGAGAUGUGGUGUAUGCAUAUUUCGGUCGUGACCAAGACUUCAAAAAAUUGGAGGAACUUGGUAUCAAUGUCAAAGGAAAGAUAGUCUUGGCUCGCUAUGGUGAGGUCUUCAGGGGCAACAUCGCAUCGACGGCGGAGAGCCAGGGGGCCGCCGGGGUCUUGCUAUACAGCGACCCCCAGCAGUACGCCCCCCUUGGUGAAGACGCUGUGUACGCGGACACCGUGUACAUGCCUGGCUCCGCUGUGCCGGCCGGAACUGUGUACCUGAUGGACGGCGAUCCUCUCACGCCUUUUUAUCCCUCUGUUGAGAGCGCCUUCAGGUUACCCGAAGAAGAAGCCAGCCUUCCCAAAAUUCCCAUCCAGCCAAUUAGCUACGACGACGCCAGAGAAAUCCUCGGUCGCAUGAAUGGACCGGAGGCGCCAGAGGAAUGGCAAGGCGGUCUGAAUAUCACGUACCGUCUAGGACCAGGUUUCCAAGAGGCGGGCUGGGAAGUCCACCUCGAAGUGCAUACACACAACGUCCGCACAACCACUUACAACGUCGUGGCUGCCAUCAGGGGGAGCGAGGAACCAGACAGAUACGUGAUAAUCGGAAACCACCGUGAUGCCUGGGUAUUUGGCGGGAUAGACCCUUCGUCGGGCACGGCUGCCUUGCUGGAGGUGACGCGUGUGCUGGCCAGCCUGAAGAACGAGACAGGCUGGAAACCCCGUCGGUCUCUGGUGUUUUGCUCGUGGGGCUCCGAAGAAUACGGCCUCGUCGGGUCCCAAGAGUGGUCGGAGCAGUUCGGGAAACAGCUGAUGGACAGGGCAGUGGCUUACCUCAAUGUUGAUAUGGCCAUUGAAGGGAACUACACUUUACGUACGAUAAGCGUUCCUUUGUUGUACGACUCCGUGUUCGAGGCGGCGGCAAAGGUGCCCAACCCCGACCCGUCCGAGGUGCAGGCCGGGCGGACGACCGUCUACGACACUUGGGUAGCGCGACAGCCCGACGACGACCACCCUGGACGCCCUAGAGUGAGGAACAUCGGUUCGGGGAGUGACUACAAGUCCUUCUUGCAUAACCUUGGAGUUCCUGCGCUUGACAUCCGCUACACUCACGAGCCUGAAAUGUACGCUGAACCCUUGUAUCAUACGCUGUACGAGACCUUCGCUUUAGUGGACGAGUUGUAUGACGUCGGGUUCAAUUUCCACGCAGCCCUUGCCAAGUUGUGGGCGAUUCUGGCCGUAGACAUCGCUGAUGCACAGUUGAUUCCUUUUAGCGUGAUUGAGUAUAGUAACUUCCUGACGAAGGGACAACAGGAGCUGCUACAGGAGUAUGGUGAACUCAUCUCCUCUAGGAAUAUUACCAUGGAGUAUUUCGAGGCCUCAGUCACCGGUUUUUCACAAGCAACUCAGAAAUUCCUAGAUGAUUUAGACCUUCUGGAUACCGCGGACGUUCUGGCGGUGCGCCGUGUCAACGACCAGCUGAUGAUGGUGGAGCGGUCAUUCAUCGACCCUCGAGGUCUUCCGGGCCGACCAGCGUACAAUCACGUGAUCUUGGCGCCCAGCACCAGUAACAGUUACUCGGGAACCGCCUUUUCCGGCUUGACGGACCCUCUGGACGGGAUCCAAGACCUGGAUCCUAUCCAGCAGGAGGCGCGAUGGACCCAGUUCAUGCAGAACUUGGCCAUCAUCACCCACUUCAUCAAUACGGCAUCUAAGGUCCUCUCAGAUGACCUAUGGUAGAGUGGUCUUCAAUGCGGUUAAGGAAGAAAUAACAUAGGACCGUUUAGGUUAUAAGAUAUCCCAGGAGAGAGAAGAAAGCUGAAGAAAACAGCAAACUAUAAAAUUAUGGUAAAAGACUGGUUAGAAUUUGCACGAAGUACUGUUAUUCUGCAUAAAAUAUACGCCGAACCUAAUACAUCGGCUGUUUUAAUAUCCAACUGAAAUAGUAAACAAAUGAUUGAAAGCUACAAACAAUCCAUCGCUGAAUAAAGCUGAAUUAUCAAAAAGUGAAAAAGCAACAUAUAUACAACCAAUGCUUUGCUUUAUGCAUUUAAAUUGGCUAAAGCUUAAAGACAUUUAGCUACAAAUCACUUUUCACAGCUAUAAAACUUUGGAGGCGCUUUUUAGGUAGGGAGAGAGAAUAUUUUAUACGGUGAAACAGAGCAGUGAAGGGAGUACCGAAUUCUUUAUUAAAAACUAGUAGCAUCCUUGAUAUUUUUAAUUAUAUAUUUGAUUAUUUAGCACUCAGUAGCUAAAUCUCACUAAAAUCACAUUGCUGUCGAGAAGAUGUACUUGGUGGUGAUGAUUGGCUGAAUGAUUUGUCUUCGCUGCCGGAACAUGCUCCUUAGAUAGUCUGAAAUCAGCGUAAGGUAAUGAUAACUGGCUCUCUCAAGAAUUUCAUAAUUAAUCGGCCCUAAGGAUAUAUAUCUGUGUUUCCAUUUAAUUCAUAUUGUUGUGAUCUAGAAAUUCACUAAAUUAGUGCAUUGAAUUACUUCCUUUGAUUUAUUACUGGAUAAUCGACUCAAUCAGAGGGUAGUAAUGAGUGGGUAUUUGGAGAAAAUUAUUGCAAGGUGUCACUGGGCCAGGAGCUGAGGGACUUGGCUCUCGGCUACUGGGUUGACAAACUUGUACUUGACAGUUAUUGUGUGCAGUGUCUCACGGGAAACUCGCUGUAUAUCUGUCAUUAACAACUGUGCCGCUGUAAUUUUUUACGUUCGUUGUUAGUCCAUCAUUAUAACUGUUGAAAAGCACUCUAGAUCUCAUCGAAAUGUUCUCUACCGAAUGUGAUCGGUUUGUACAUUAAUUUUAUUCCAUAUGCAUUGUCUCAAAUGUCGACAUAGCCCGAUUUUCUUGUUAUCAAUCACUGUGUUUCUCUAAUAAAAUUUUGUUAAAUCAC